AUGGAUGCAUCACCAGCCCAGCCUCAGGAUGUUCGCGACGUCGCCGUCGCCGAGCUUGCUCAGAAGCUGCUUGCCCAGCUUUCCGGUCCGCAGGACGUGGAGGAACGCACCUUGGACGUCGCAGCGAUCGUAGAAGAUAUUCCGAUCGCUGUCCGCCGGCUCAUCAAUGCUACCCGCCCGGUCAAUCAACUUCCUGCGGAAGUCCUGGGCCGCAUAUUCUCCCUUAUUCCUAUGCGCAGAAAAUACCCGAUCCUGAACACCUCGACCACGAAUGUACAGGACGUCAUAACCCUCUUACCGUUGCUUUCUGUCUGCAGCUGGUGGAGGGAUGUCGCCCGGAGCGCGUCUUUCCUGUGGGAUACAGUGAUAGACCUACCUAAUGUCCCGCUACGUCAAGACUACCUCUCUCUAUGCCCCUCCAGACCGAUCUACGUGGCUUCCAAAAUCGAGUGGUCACUGGAAUGGCUUCUUCGCCUACUCAGGGAGCAGGAAACUCGCGUCGAGGAGCUGUACGUCAAGCGCGAAGUGAACACAGACGAGCAUGUACACGCCAUCCUCCAGCUUUCUUUGCCCGCCCUGCAACGGUGCAUAGUUGAUGGGGAUGGGGAUAGAGAUCUAGAGGCCUCAGCAUCCCAAGCUGCGCUCCUUCCCAACAGCAAGGCCCUUCAAGCCCUGCGACUACGAGAGCUUCGCUUUAUACGACCGACAACCUUUCCGGUACUCACGACCCUCCACUUGGAGAGAAUUGAAGAUAUGCGUUUGCUCGACCUGCUCAGGUUCCUCGCUGGGACGCCCCUCCUGCAGGACCUACGGCUAACCAAUGCAAGCCCGGAGACACGGGGGGCGACCGACCUCAACGGGUGGAGGCACGGCCGGGUGCAACUUCGGGACCUCCGGCGACUGGUUGUGGAAGACCAUGAUUACGACAUGCUUGGAAGUGAGUGGCGGCAUGUUCUCGUACGAUACCAACGCGGGCUGCUAUCAAACCUUUCUGUCUCUCUUGCCUGUGCGCAUGCCGUCGGGGGUGUUGCGGGCUCCGGUCUCGCUGCUGACUUGCUUUCCAAACUUUGGCCCGUCGAAGGACUCGGACAACGUCCGACUCAUGCUCGCAUACUAUUCCUAUCGCCUUCUUCACGCCACCAGAGAUUUGUUCUGCAAUGCAGCGCUGAUGAUGGCCUCGACGCCUCGUUCGGUCUCGUCACUCCCAAUGACACCGCCAACACCCCGCCAGGCGCCACGAUCGCAGCACGCCUCGCUAAGGCGCUCUACGCCGGACCUGCGUUCAGGAACAUCAAGAACCUACGGAUCGGACAACACCUGGCGUGGCUAUACCAUGAUAUCGGUCGCAUUCUCUGCGCCCUUCCUGCUGUUGAAGCUAUCAUGAUCGACGGCUGCAUGUUGCCUACCUCCUUCCACGCCUUGAUCGAAGACCUCACCGUUUCCCCCAAUGGGACUGUACAAUUCGCCCCGUCGCUCUCCAUCUUGGCACUCGAUUUCGGCACUGUAUUUCGGUUGAAACCGCCCUCCGAAGUCGAGCUAGGAUCAGCCGGAGUCGGUGCGGUGUACGAGAUGCAACGAUCGCGUGCCGCGGCAGGACAUCCCUUGAGACGCUUGAUUCAUUUUCCUGAACCUAUAAGACGCGAGGCUCAUGACCGGUUGGCUUUCGAAUUCGACGCAAACGGAGUGCUCGUGCGCAAAGAGCCGUGGGCAGUGGUACUGCAAGAGCUGGACAAGACGUGGGCGAGGGACGGUUUCGGUCACGGCCGCCAUCUGGCGUUGAUCGAAAGGGACAUCGGGUCGUACUGGCAUGGAGACUGCAGUUUCGAAUGA